AUGUUGCGCGUUUACUCUGUCAUGCAGCUCGAGCACGUCUGGGCUAAGCCCAUGGAUGUGAUCAUUGAAGAACCUCAAAAGGUCAUCACUACCCCCUCACAUGCGGCAGCCAAGUUGUCAACAACUUCGCUGUCACCAUCAGCACCUGUCAUGAUCCAUGAAGAACCCGAAUCCUUUGAUGAAGAAGCAUCGUCAGCUGGUGCUUCCCCUGUCAGCCAUGAUGAACAUAUGCAUAGCGAUGUUGAAUCAAGUGUCAAUGAAGAGACAAUGAAUACCACCGAUGCCGAUCAUCACCAUCAUCAUCACACAGCUACUACAUCUAUCAAUGAUACCAUUGAGCCCGUUGCCAUGGCGACCCAGGAUGAUGAAAUUACCGAGGUGGAGGAAGAAAAAGACAACAAGGCCCCUGCUGCUGUUGUGGAGGAGCCCGUGGCGGUACGUAGCUACAUGCCUAUCAAGAAUGAAGAUUACAUCAAGGAACAACAACAGCUUCCACCCUCCCCUGUGGAUUCAAGAUAUAGCAGCAAACGCGAUAGCAAGAUCUCUACAUCAAGCAGCCCCUUGUCAUCUAUCGCUGAGGAGAGAAAGAGCCUUUCUGGUAAGGUGGCAAGUAUCCUUUCUCGUACACGUUCACACAAGAGCAACACCAUUGAGGAGCAUGGAUCAUCCUUGGAUGAAAGCAUUCCCGCACCACCACCUCUCACCAUGCCACCCAUGCCCAAGCCAAGCAAGUCAGCUCAAAUCCAAGCAAAGGUCACUGCACAGCGAAAAAGACUCUCUCGCACAAUCAAGCGUACCUUUUCAGUGCACAGCUCCUCCUCAAGCACUGCUGCUGCAAAGAACAAACGUGCCACCCUGUAA